UUAACCCUAGACCCCCUUGAGGAAGAUCUACCCCCACGCCGCCAGGGGGCAGGCUGCACUCGCGGCUCCGAGCCUCGCUCUUUGUGCGAGCGGCGCAGGCGCAGUUCGGCGGCGUGCGCUAUGGCGGAGGCCCCGCCGGUGAAGAGGAAACGGGAGGAUGAGGAUGGGGACGGGAAUGGCGGAGCUGCAGCAGCCCCGUUCCCGUUGGCGGAGCUGCGCCUCAGGCGUGUGCUGCGGGAGUCGGCGAGGGACAAGGCCGUGUUCCUGCACGGGGAGGUGACCGGCCCCUCUGGAGAGGGUACAGAUGCUUUAGUUAUCCUGGAAAAGACUCCUUUCCAGGAGGAGAAGCUGUUGGACCUGCUAAAGAAGCACACGAAGCUGGAGCUGCGGAUGCACAAUGACAUUUACAAGACAUACCACCUCUACCCUCCUCCAGAGCUGAGCGAGAUAAAGACCACAGUGGUGUACCCUGCCACGGAGAAACACCUUCAGAAGUACCUGCGCCAAGAGGUGCACCUCAUCUGUGAAACCUGGGAGGACUACAAGAACAUAACGCUGCCCUACAUCCAAUCCCAGAGCUUCAGCAUCCAGUGGGUGUAUAAUAUCCUGGAGAAGAAAGCUGAGGCCGAUCGAAUCAUCCAUGAAAACCCAGAUCCUUGCGAUGGCUUUGUUCUAGUUCCAGAUUUUAAGUGGAAUCAAAACCAGCUGGAUGACCUCUACCUGAUUGCCCUUGUUCACCGCAGGGAGGUGAAGUCUCUUCGGGACCUGACUGCUGAGCACCUCCCUCUGCUGAGGAACAUCCUGCGAGAAGGGAAGGAGGCUAUAAUGAAGCGUUUUGGCGUGCCUGGCUCCCAGCUGCGCAUCUACCUGCAUUACCAUCCCUCCUACUACCAUCUACACGUGCAUUUCACCGCCCUGGGCUAUGAUGCUCCAGGCAUCUCCGUGGAGAGAGCCCAUCUCCUGACAGAUGUGAUUGACAACCUGGUGCUGGACUCCAUGUACUACCAGAAACGGGCUUUGACCUUCGCCCUUCAGGCAGACAAAGAGCUGUUCAAGAGAUUCCAGGAGGCAGGAAGGGUGUGAGCAGGCAGAGGUGCUUUUGUAUCUUUCUGGUUUUAAUAAAUGCCCGUUUCAGGUUUGUUUUUAAAAGAGGUUUUUUUUGUUCACUAAUUUUGUACCAAUUGGGGCUGAUGGCCCAGUGUAUAAAACCAGAUCUUCUGCUCAAGUCAAUUAAAACAUUGAUUGGGUAACUCA